AUGGAAUCUCCACAGGACAAGCAAUGGGCCCAGAAAUACCUCCUCGGUCCUCUCAAUGAGCCUGAGCCCAGCGAGGAAACUGGCCCUGGAACGCACUUCACUUCUUCCGUCCCCAGAUCCAGAUCCAGCUCGUCCACGUCAAAGUCGCCCGCAACUGCGAGUACCUCCAAGGGUCCUUUCGUCUCAGCCUAUUUGACUCCUCCGCAAUCUGCCAGUCCUACCAGAUCUUCCUUUCACCCAUCAAACCCAUAUGGACCCGGCCGGAAAAUCUCGGGCGAGCAUUCAGACAACGCAAACGGUAAGGGGCGGAGAAGAAACAGCUCGCUAGGACAACGAUUCCCCGGAGACAUGUCUCACCGACCCCUCGAUCAGUUGCGGAAGGAGGAGAAAGCUGCACGCAGAUCACCUCAUCUCAGGAAAAAACAUCAGCCUGGAGCCGAUUGCAUUGAUAAGCUCGACAGAACCAUGUUCGGACUGUACCACCACGAGGGCCCAUACGAUGCUACAUUGAUGGCAAGAAACAGAAGCUCCAAGAUUUCACCUGUUGAAGCCGUUCGGGAAACCAAUGCGGAAGCUAUCAAGGCAACCCCACAGGAAUAUAUCAGGGACUCCUUGACCAAGCAUGUGCCAUUGCAAGGAACCUCUCUCAUUCCACCAGGGAUGGUUUCAUGGGACGGAAAGAAGAUGGUGUAUGAGGAAGGAGCUGAUCUGAUGCGAGAGCCCGAUGCUGCAGGCGGCGCUUACAAGAGAUGGGACCACGUGAAGUAUCUCCCUGAGGAUCUCAAAGGAAAAGGCGAGCCAUCUUACUCCAUUGAGAAGGCCUUGAAAGAGCAAAAAGACAGAAGAGCCCGAAACGGCAUGUCAGACGAGCCCCAAUCUUUCGAAAUGCAACCGCCCAAGCACAGACCCGCGAACGGUAGCCGUCAACGAAGCGUCAGCGGGAAUCAUGAAGACUUCAGAAGAGGUGCCGGGAGACUGCCUGGCAGCUUUUUAAGGGCCCCAGAGUCCAAUGAUAUGAACCGCUCGAACUCGACCGGUCGAAGAAUUGGUGAAGGGUUGAAGAAGAGGUUUGGGAAUUUUAGAACCAAUAAGCACCAAUCUGAAGCUUAA